UGUGUGUGUGUGUGUGUGUGUGUGUGUGUGUGUACUUGUAUUUCUUACUUUAUGGGGCCCAGUGACCAGGAGCACACCAACGGUAUGGGGUCCAACAACCUUGUGGGGCCCGAAAUGGUGGGCCCCACACCGAUUUCAAUGUAAACUGCCUCAGAAGCCUCUGCUGAUAUGCCUCAUGCUUUUUUUUCACUUUCCCCACAAGGUGAUAAAAACUGGUUAUGAGUGUGUAUGUGUGUAUGCUCUCUAUCGCCCCUGUAGCUGGGAACGUGGUAUUGCAGCAGAUACACACUACCGGAAGUGUGUGUGGCUUUAGCCAAUGAGAAAGGCCCACGGAGAGGGAGGGAGGAGCCGUGUAGUUUUAUUGGAUGCGCCCACGCUACACGCACAUUGUUACUGGGUUUUAAUCUUCAAUUCCUCGUGUUUUGACUCUGUUUCAACUGAAGAAACACUUCAUGUAGGCUAAGCAACAGGAUUCUGUAAUCCUAUAGUAUUUAACUAUACAUCUGAUAUAGUUUAAUGUGUAUUUCUAGUCGUGUGAACAGAAUGAUGCUUAAUGAAGUAAGGUUUUAAACAGAUGGCUAACAUUAGCUGCUAAAAGUUCACGGAGACGGCAUUUUAAACCGGAAGUUCCACGCGCUUCGACUCUGAACACACGGAAAACACUCUUCAUGUGAGAAACCGAGCCAUAAUGUUGAAAAGAAAGACAAGGAUACGGCCUGUUGAUGAUGCCAGGACACACAUUCUGUCAUUGAGGGACAAGCCUGGGUUUAUGGAACGAUUUAUCGAUAGUAACAAAGGAAGAGGAGUGUUUACUACCCAGCCUGUGGAAGCCGGAGCUUUUGUUUUGGAGUACAGGGGUGAACUCAUUUCAGCAGAAGAAUGCCGGGCAAGAGACUACACUGAGUUACAGAGCACAUUUCUGUUUGAAUUUGAGUGGCAGAAGCGUCACUGGUGUAUUGAUGCAUCCAAAGAAGACCGCUCCCUUGGAAGAUUGAUUAAUGACAAUCACAAAUCUCCAAACUGCACCAUGAAAAAAAUCGUAGUAAACGACAGGCCACAUUUGUGUCUAUUUGCUGUGAAGAAAAUUGAAAUAGGAAGUGAAAUCGAAUACAACUAUGGUGAUUCACAAUGGCCAUGGCGUAAAAAGGGGCCAAAGCAGCAGACUUCUGUUCUAGAGACCAAAACAUCCCUAACAGAUCACUCUUCCCAUGAUGACUCCAACAAAGAUGCUGUCGUCACACAGGAGCCAAAGCAGCAGACUUCUGUUCUAGAGACCAAAACAUCCCUAACAGAUCACUCUUCCCAUGAUGACUCCAACAAAGAUGCUGUCGUCACACAGGAGCCAAAGCAGCAGACUUCUGUUCUAGAGACCAAAACAUCCCUAACAGAUCACUCUUCCCAUGAUGACUCCAACAAAGAUGCUGUCGUCACACAGGAGCCAAAGCAGCAGACUUCUGUUCUAGAGACCAAAACAUCCCUAACAGAUCACUCUUCCCAUGAUGACUCCAACAAAGAUGCUGUCGUCACACAGGAGCCAAAGCAGCAGACUUCUGUUCUAGAGACCAAAACAUCCCUAACAGAUCACUCUUCCCAUGAUGACUCCAACAAAGAUGCUGUCGUCACACAGGAGCCAAAGCAGCAGACUUCUGUUCUAGAGACCAAAACAUCCCUAACAGAUCACUCUUCCCAUGAUGACUCCAACAAAGAUGCUGUCGUCACACAGGUAAAGGAGUAA